CUUCCUGCUUCUGGUUGUAAACAGAAAGGAUUUGCAGCUGGCUGUGGUGGUCCACACUGCACAGGCCGGUCAUCCACACUUUUACAGUAGCUGUAUGUAAUUACAAUACAAUAUAUGAUAGAAUCUCCAAGACUUGAAAAGAGGGACAGAUGAAGGUGGAACAGAUCUAUAAAUUGGAGUAGCAGAGUUUGGUGGCGGCAGCAUGGCCAGUGGACAGCUGUCUAGAGAAGAGGCGUUGGCGUGUGUGGGGUGCAGACAUGCGUGUCACAUAUUGCUCUAUGCAGACACAGAAGCUCAGCUGUUCGAAGAAAUCCCCAUCAGACACAUUGUACUGAUGCAGAUGCGUUUUGAUGGUCUGUUGGGUUUCCCUGGCGGUCUCGUUGAGCCGUCCGAAGAAUCCCUAGAGGAGGGCCUGAGCAGGGAACUGUGGGAGGAGCUGGGCUUCUCACUGUCAGUCACCGUGGAGGACCAUGUGUCUUCCUGCCACAACCCUUCCUCCUCUUCCUCUCACCCCAUUACUCACUUCUAUGCCCGGAGAAUGGAAGAGAAAGAGAUCAGGGAGGUUGAAAAGGCAGCUGCUAGCACAGCAACAGACCAUGGCCAUGAGGUGAUGGGGAUGGUCCGAGUUCCUCUCUACACACUAAAGGGAGGAGGAGGAGGGCUCCCCUCAUUCUUGUCCCACUCCUUUAUUGGGAACUCUCGCUCUCAGCUGGAGGACGCUCUAGUGCGCUUCGGCCUGGUGACACCCGAGGAGCUACAGACAGCACUCAAACACGCAGCGCAGAGGAGAAAACAAUCUUAGGGGGGGCAGCCUAAUCUCACACACAAUGUAAGAAAUUACAUUAAAUAUGACUAUUUCCUGUUAGUAUGUUACACACAGUUCUGUAUUAUUAAAUUGUAUAGCUUAAUCUAUA